UAUCCAUUGAUCUUGCUUUAUCUUUGUCUCAUUUAAUCAAUAUAGAAGCUCGAGAAAAUCAAUUACUAUAAGUUUUUGAAACAAAAAGACUCUAAUUUACUGUGUAGACUACAGUUUCGCGUGGUGUGUAUAUUUACAGUUGGUGUGUGGCACAUAACUAGUGAAGCAUGACAUUAUUCAAGGCAUCUAUUGAAAUAAUUUCUCCUCUGUUUUGUUCAUAUUGGCGUUUUCCACUCGGGUUUCGAGUGAAGGAUUGAUUGUGAAAACAUGGUGUUAAAGCAUGUGUUUGAGUCAAAUAAUUAGAAUUCGGAUGGGGUAAUGGCACAUUGAAUCCGGAUGAAUUGAACCGAUAUCUUUUGAGAUGAAUAUUCUGUAGGUUAACUAAAUAUUGUGUUGAAACCAAUGGGUAUUUCUUCACAAGGCUCGAUAUUUAUCAGACCACAGCCUCUUGUUAACACUGUAGCUUAUAUAAGUUUAUGGAAAAGUUUCUGUGCCUUCAAAUUUGGAAAUUUCUAGCAUAAAUAUAUAUCUUUGGUAUGUUAUACUGAUUCUUCAGUAUGCUAGUGAUGCUUCAAAAGUUCAAUUAAUAAUACGACAAGAAGGCAGUGAACUCUUCUUAAUAAAUGACGUGCGUGAGACUUUCCAGCUUCAUGAUUUAUGUUCUUUCUUGCCAUAGAAUUUUGCAAAUCAAUGGCACCAGGAGGACAUAUCUUCAAACAAACUACACUUACAGGGAAAACUAUUCGAGCUACUCAAUCUUCGGAUGAAUCAAAUAAUGUUACUCCCCCUGUUAAUACAGAUGAUUCCACUAAGAUCAGGAAUGGUCGUGGCAAGACUAGAGGGAAAGGUCUUGAAAGGAUGAGGAAGACUAUGGGAAGCAAGAUGAAAAUUGAGAUUCCACUUGGUAAAGGGAGGCCAACUAAGCCAACUCAAUCGGCAAAAUUAUCCAAUGAACUAGGGAUAAUUGCCAGGAAUUUUCUUUCGCUUCCAAACAAGUGGAAGGAACUCACAAGAGAGGACAAAGAUGCAGCACUAAUUAGGUGCCACGUAAGGAUUCUAUAAUCUUGUAAUUUUAUUACAUGGUAGUGAUUAUAGUGAGUUCUCUUCUUUCGGGUAUUGCUGUUAUUCAUCCAUCUAUUUAUUUGGCGAACUCAUCGGCGAUAUCUAUCU